AUGUCAUUUGUUCUUAAACUUUAUGCGCUGGCCGUUGUGUUCUUGCUUUCUGUAGUGGACUUAACGUCUGCUUCUAGCAAGCGCGCCGGUCGGUUAAAGCGUCUAGCCCAUCCUUCUACUCUAUCUCUUGAAAUCCUACCACGACACCAGCAUUAUUCUUCGCCUAUACCAUUAAGUUCCUACGACAAACGACAGCUACUCACUCCCCACUCACACACUCUGCACUAUAGUGAUUCGUUUCGCUUGAUUAUUUUUGCCUUUGAUGAGGCCUUCCAUCUUCAUUUGCGGCCCAAUGACCACCUUGUACAUCCGGCAGCCAGGAUCACAUAUCAUACCGUUGAUUCUGAGGGACGUUCGUCGGUCACACACACAGAGCCUCUCCUCCGCGAGAGCGUCAGGGCGUACUGGGGAGAGGUUAUCGACGGAGAUGAAUCAAACGCAAGACUUAGAGAGGAUGCCGCUGGUGUUUUGCCGCGCCCUUCUCGCUCCCCGUCCGAACUGGGCUGGGCACGAAUCAUGGUUCACCACGAGGGCAACUUAGAGGAAGGUGUCGCACCCGUAUAUGAAGGCGCUUUCUCUUACAAAGGAGUUGUCCACCAUAUCAUGACCAAAGAUAAUUAUGUUCGCAACAAGCACCAUCUUGAUCCUGAAAUUCUAGUCGACACGGUUGAUUCAAACCUGGUUGUCUGGCGUGACUCUGAUCUCACACCACAUGAAGAAGAUCGGUUUUCUCCUGCAAUGUGUGGGCAUGACGACCUUCUGUUCAAUACAGAUCCGGCUUUAAACCCCGUACUGCGGAAACCUUUCACUGAACAGUCUAUCUCACUCGGUCCUUUUGGCAACAUCUCCUUGUCCCGCAGAGACGAUGUUGCCGGAAGCGGUUCUUCAUACAACUUUGAGGGUACUAUCGGAAACACCGCAGGUUGUCCGACCACCCAGAAACUGCUUUACAUGGGUGUUGCCGCGGACUGUAAAUAUGUCUCAAACUACGGCGGAAGUAUGAAUGCAACAACCCAGAUUCUCAUGAACUGGAAUUCGGCGAGUGCUCUCUAUAAGAGCACUUUCAAUGUCAGUCUUGGAAUUGUUGAAGUUCAAGUUCAAAAUGAAACGUGCCCAACCACUGCCGAUCCCACUAUUCCGUGGAAUGUCGACUGUUCCAAUGUUGAUCUGAACAACCGGCUCUCACUUUUCUCCGACUGGAGGGGACAAAGGGGAAACGAUAGUAUCGGACUGUGGCAUCUCAUGAGCGGCUGUCCCACUGGAACCGAAGUUGGUAUAGCUUGGCUCGGUACAUUAUGCCAAACGGAUGCCUCCGGUACUACUGGCUCUAUUUCCUCUGGUACUGGCGUUUCCACCAAUGGUUUAACGGAAUGGCAGGUUGUCGCGCAUGAGAUUGGACAUAAUUUCGGUGCCAUUCACGACUGCACUGAUGGUUGUAAUUCGACCACUGUUUGUUGUCCUCUGAGUUCCUCAACUUGUAACGCCGGCUCGCAGUUUAUCAUGAACCCCGUAUCAGCGUCAAGCGAAAAAACCUUCAGUCUUUGCAGUCUCGGUAAUAUUUGCUCCCUAAUGAGUGGCACUAGUUCCGGCGGCAAGACCGAUGCUUCGUGCCUGGUAGAUGCGUCCUCCAAUACUCGUUCGCUUCUUUCUCUUCAGAUGUGUGGAAAUGGAAUUGUCGAGGACGGCGAAGAUUGUGAUCCUGGUAAUGGUGUAACAUCCUCAUGCUGUGAUUCUUCGACUUGUAAAUUCACAAGCGGUUCUCAAUGCGACCCUUCUUCCAGCGCGUGUUGUACAUCUCAGUGUAGUUUUUCUCCUUCUACCCAAGUCUGUAGGCCUUCAAAGAAUGCUACUUGUGAUCCAGCGGAGUUUUGUACUGGGUCUUCAUCAGCUUGUCCUGCAGAUGUCGUCGCGUCUAAUGGUAUGUCGUGCGGGUCGAAUGGGCUAGCUUGCGCUUCUGGUCAAUGCACUUCCGUAUCGCUACAAUGCCAAAGUGUCGGCGCCAGUAUGGGACUUACUACCGGCUGCUCCAACCACCAGAAUACAUGUCAAAUUACCUGCCAGGACCCUAAUAACUCCAACUCGUGUAUUCAACUGGCAUCACUCUUGGUUGAUGGAUCACCGUGUGGAUACGGAGGCACUUGUUCGUCUGGAGCCUGUCGGCCGGGUAGUAUUCUUGACAUUGUCAAGGCCUGGUACUCUGCUAAUCUGCAGAUCGCCAUUCCAGUGACUGUGGUUGGUGGAAUUGUGAUACUCCUGCUUCUAUAUGUCUCAAUCACUGGUGAGUAUCAUUCAUAUCAUAGUGCUUCUACUGCUCUCAGGGUUCCUUCGGUGCGAGGGCCACCGCCGAUUGAUAGAGAAAACGCAUGGCGACCCAUUAAUCGUGCUUCAGGCAACCGUUCAACGUGGGUAGACCCGACUCAGUAUAACGGGCAUCUUGAUAGAUAG